ACCACUGAGAGGGUGGGGGUGGGCGACCGGAUGUUGAUAUUUUCACACCCUCGGGACGUAACUGAGAAAAGUGUAAGGCGAGGUGAAGACACAUGUUUAAUUCUUUUUUUUUUUUUUUGAGACCCGUAGGCUUUUAGACGUUUCUGUGGGUUCCUCUUGGGGGGAAAUGUUUUAUGUCACUGACUUCGAAGUGUAAAGUAGAAGUCAUUUAUAGUGUAAAGGAAAUAAUGUGUACAGGGGGGAUGAAUGAAACUGUUUUUCCUUAAUUCGAAUAUUGGAAAAACGGAUUAACGAGAAUUGUGAGUUGAUUGUUGAUUGCAUCUCCCUUAUAACCAAUUCUUUUUACUUACUUUUGACCUAUUCACCAUCCUCUAAUGCCCUAGCUAAUAACGGCAUGGCUAUGUCACCCACUUCUUGGUUUCUACCAAAUUCGACCAGGUUAUGUCAAUGAUGUGAGUAGAUUGAAUUUCCUGUUACUUGUAUUUGGAAGACUCUGAAUCGUUAAUGAUUUUUCCCUCCAUCUUUGCAUUUGAGGUAAUUUGUGGUAACUGGAAGCAUCACUAUUUUGUGUAUGAGAAAAUAAACUUGUAGAGCUGUAGAAGUUACCAAAGGGGUAAGAGAUGCUUCAUUUACUUGGAUUAGGGUUUGCUUUAUUAUUUCUCUGCAGAUUACUUUCUUGUAAUCAUUAUGUUGUUUCAUGCCAUUUUAUUUUUUGGUGAAUGUGGGUUGGCUGUAUAUCAACAUAUAUAGGCUUUAUGUGUUAACUUAAAACUUGGAAGCAUAAUAAAUAUAAGUUUUUGCAAGUCUUAACUAUGGCUGGUAACUGAAACCUUCACAAAAAUAACAUGACAAUUGAGAUUUCUGUUACAGUUUUUUGGAGAUGCCAUUUUUUAAAGUGUAUUGGACUUGAAGUAAUUUUGGUACUUUGUUGAUUCUAGGAUAUAGGAUUAUAAUAUUCCUUCUGCCAUUAGUUUCAGCCUAUACCAGAAAUUCUGACACACAACAGCUUUAUAUUCCAAGUCAGAGUAACCUAGACAACAUUCUCAAAAGUGACUUUUCACAAGAAGUAGUGGAUGUCAGUACAGUGUGUACUGCCCUAACCUAUAGGCUGUAAAUAUUUAAGUGCCUUGGAUACAAAAGGGUAAAGGUAGGUAACUUUUAAAAACGUUUAAAAUCUCUUAUUUUUGGAGACCUUAUGUCUCAGGCUGGCCUUGAACUUGUUUUAUAGCUGAGGACCUUGAAUGCCUCCUGCCUCCACCUUCUGAGUGCCAAUUUAUGAGGUUCUGGGGAUCAAGCAUUCACCAGUUGAGCUUCACCUUCAGCUCUGAAAAGUGGGUAACCUUUAAAGGAAAUAAUUAGCAUUCAAAUUGUUUUGCAGUUGGAUUUCAUGUCUAGAAGAUUCCCUCAAGCUUUUCCUCUUCACUUUAAGGGGGUGUUUUUGUUCCCUUACUUCUGUAACAGGCCGAAUACACCAAGCAAUGGUAACAUCUUUAAAUGAAGAUAAUGAAAGUGUCACUGUUGAGUGGAUAGAAAAUGGAGAUACAAAAGGCAAAGAGAUUGACUUGGAAAGCAUCUUUUCACUUAACCCUGACCUUGUACCUGAUGAAGAGAUUGAACCUAGUCCGGAAAUACCUCCACCUUCAUCAUCAAAAGUGAACAAAAUUGUAAAGAACCGACGGACUGUGGCAUCAUCUAUUAAGAAUGACCCUCCCCCAAGAGAUAAUAGAGUGGUUGGUUCAGCACGAGCACGGCCUAGUCAGCUUCCUGAACAGUCGUCUUCUGCACAACAGAAUGGUAGUGUUUCAGAUAUAUCUCCAGUUCAAGCUGCAAAAAAGGAAUUUGGACCUCCUUCACGUAGAAAAUCUAAUUGUGUUAAAGAAGUAGAAAAACUGCAAGAAAAACGAGAAAAAAGGAGAUUGCAGCAGCAAGAACUUAGAGAAAAAAGAGCCCAGGAUGUUGAUGCUACAAAUCCAAAUUAUGAAAUUAUGUGCAUGAUCAGAGACUUCAGAGGAAGCUUAGAUUACAGACCCCUAACAACAGCUGAUCCUAUUGAUGAACAUAGGAUAUGUGUUUGUGUAAGAAAACGACCACUAAAUAAGAAAGGUAUGGCGCUUAAUGAGCUUCAUAGAGAGUGGAAUUCAGAAAUCCGGCAUGAAACUCAAAUGAAAGAUCUUGAUGUAAUCACAAUCCCUAGUAAAGAUGUUGUGAUGGUACAUGAACCCAAACAAAAAGUAGACUUAACAAGGUACUUAGAAAAUCAAACAUUUCGUUUUGAUUAUGCCUUUGAUGACUCAGCUCCUAAUGAAAUGGUUUACAGAUUUACUGCUAGACCACUAGUGGAAACGAUAUUUGAAAGGGGAAUGGCUACGUGCUUUGCUUAUGGGCAGACUGGAAGUGGAAAAACUCAUACUAUGGGUGGUGACUUUUCAGGAAAGAACCAGGAUUGUUCUAAGGGAAUUUACGCAUUAGCAGCUCGAGAUGUCUUUUUAAUGCUGAAGAAACCAAACUAUAAGAAACUAGAACUUCAAGUAUAUGCAACAUUUUUUGAAAUUUAUAGUGGAAAGGUGUUUGACUUAUUAAAUAGGAAAACAAAAUUAAGAGUACUUGAAGAUGGAAAACAGCAGGUGCAAGUGGUAGGAUUACAGGAACGGGAGGUCAAAUGUGUGGAAGAUGUAUUGAAACUCAUUGACAUAGGCAACAGUUGCAGAACAUCCGGUCAAACGUCUGCAAAUGCACACUCAUCUCGGAGUCAUGCAGUGUUUCAGAUCAUUCUUAGAAGGAAGGGAAAACUACAUGGCAAAUUUUCUCUCAUUGAUUUGGCUGGGAAUGAAAGAGGAGCAGAUACAUCAAGUGCAGACAGGCAAACCAGACUUGAAGGUGCUGAAAUUAAUAAAAGCCUUUUAGCACUCAAGGAGUGCAUCAGAGCCUUAGGUAGAAAUAAACCUCACACUCCUUUCCGAGCAAGUAAACUCACUCAGGUGUUGAGAGAUUCAUUCAUAGGUGAAAAUUCUCGUACUUGCAUGAUUGCCACAAUCUCUCCAGGAAUGGCAUCUUGCGAAAAUACUCUUAAUACGUUAAGAUAUGCAAAUAGGGUGAAAGAAUUGACUGUAGAUCCAACUGCUGCUGGUGAUGUCCGUCCAAUAAUGCACCAUCCACCAAGCCAGAUUGAUGACUUAGAGACACAGUGGGGUGUGGGGAGUUCCCCUCAGAGAGAUGAUCUAAAACUUCUUUGUGAACAAAAUGAAGAAGAAGUUUCUCCACAACUAUUUACUUUCCAUGAAGCUGUCUCCCAGAUGGUAGAAAUGGAAGAACAGGUUGUAGAGGAUCACAGAGCAGUGUUCCAGGAAUCCAUUCGCUGGAUAGAAGAUGAAAAGGCUCUCCUAGAGAUGACUGAAGAAGUAGACUAUGAUGUGGACUCAUAUGCUACACAACUUGAAGCUAUUCUUGAACAGAAAAUAGACAUUUUAACUGAGCUACGAGAUAAAGUGAAAUCUUUUCGUGCAGCGCUACAAGAAGAAGAACAAGCAAGCAAGCAAAUUAACCCCAAGAGACCCAGAGCCCUGUAAAGUUGGUAUUUGCUACUAAAGGAUCCCCAGAAUCUCCAAUACUGUAACAAACAGUGGUCCAACUGUAAAGGCCACUUGAACUUUUUUUUUUUAAUCUUUAAGUGUGUGGAAAUAUCUUGUCCUUCACCUGAAUGGCAUUUCAAUUUUGUGAAACACUCCUUUGUCUACAAAAUGCUUCUAGUCUAAGAGGCACAACUAACAACUGGGAUUAGUGAAGUAUUUUGUUUCAUUUACCCAUUUAAAGAUUGUGGAAGUAAUCCAGAAGUGGAGAGUAUGGGGGAAGCCACAAAAUUUCCUUUAACUGAGAUCCAUUUUCGUAGCAAGACAGCAAUUUUGAAUACUUUGCGUGCAUGCAUACCUCAUCAGUGAUUGUACAUACCUUGCCUACACUCCUAGAGACAGCUGUGUUCACUUUCUUCUCUGUGCCUUGACUAAGGCUAUUGACCCUAGAUUUCUGAAGCACAGCCAAGAUAAAUUACAUUCCUUAUUUGUAACUGUAAAUUACCUUUAUUGUGUGUACAUUUUUACUGUAUUUGAGACUUUUUUGUGUGUGUGUGUGUGUGUGACUAGUUAAUUUUACAGUAUGUGCCAUAGCAAUUGAACGGAACUAAAGUCUGUGACAGUGGACAUAGCUGCUGGACCAUUCCAUCUUAUAUGUAAAGAAAUCUGGAAUUAUGAUUUUAAUACCAUGACAUGUGAUUAUAAUUUUCUUAGCAUUUUCUUUGUAAAAAACUAAAAUAUAAACUAGAUGGUGUAUAAUAAAAAGUAAAGAAAUUCUGACAAGAGUUUUAUCUUAGGAUAAUACAUAUAUAUGCAGUGUGUGUGCCAGUGGUGUUAACAAGACUAAUAGUGUAAUCUGAUCCUUAACAAUGCCAUUAUUUAAGUUGAAGUGUUUCCUAGCGCCCCAAAUUUAAUGUGCUGUUAAAGGAAAUUGGCUUCUGAUGCAUGAACAUUUUUGUAUGUACAUUGAAAGUAGUCCAUAAUACAAGUUAGAUAAACAAGUGUAGAUGGUAUGUAACCCUAAGAAGUGUCAAUGCCUUACAGGGCAGGUCAUAGCAAGCUCCAUCAAUAUCUAGUAUGUGAUGGUUUUCCAUGUGAUGAGAAUCACAUCUCACGGAUAGAUAGAUUGGUAGUAAGGAAGGCUACUCUUUAAAUGGCAGCACUUAUUUUUACAGCUGCUAAAAGAAAACUGGCCAAUUUUCAUGUAAAUACUGUUUAAAGAUUUAUACAUAUAUAUAUAUAUAUACAUAUAUAUAUACACAUCUCUAGGAGUUUUCCCUUGGUUCGCAGGAUACAGUCCAGUAGGUUAACCAAAGAACCUCCCAUAUUUCUCUUGAUUAGGGAACCUACUGCUUCACUCAGUGAACCAAGGGGAAAUCUAUGAAUAGAGUCAACGAGCCAGAGUCUUUACUUCACUGAUCUUAAAUGAGAGGAUAGCUGAGGAGUCCUAAGACCAUGGUGAAAAGCUCUGUAAACAUGAAAUCUAAAUCAAAUGUAGAUUUUUCACAAUAUGCUUAUUAAUAAAUGAAAUCUAUGAAACGAA